AUGACGGUGCAAGGUGGUGGUGUUGAUGAUUGCCAUAGAUGGUGGGUAUAUAUGGCUUUUGAUGGUGGGGAUGGUGGUGAAUUUAAUGAUGUGUAUAGUGCUGUUGCAUGUGGGGUUGUGGUGGAAGGAGGGCUGAGGCUGAAGUUUGACAUGCUGGAAUUGCUUGAUGACAGAGUGCCAAGAUCCUUACUUCCAGGGGCACGAAGCUCUCGCUUGAGAGAUCGUCAGAAGGAAGAAAGAGAGCUUUUAGUAAAGAAAGCAUGCAUACAAGAUAUCUUAAUUGAAAACAAUCUGUUAACCACUCUGCUUCGGAAAAAUUUGUCUUACCAUGGAGUAUUGUGGGACUUGGAUUCACUACCAUCUUCACGUAAAGAAUCUGGAUUGUGCAGCACUACUGCUAAUGUUGCUAUCACAGCGGGGGAAAAUGUUUCUUCCGAGAAAGAUAAUAGUGAGGAUCUAUAUAGCCAGAUGAGGUUGUAUAUGGAAACUGUGAAUGAUUUAUAUGUGGAUGAUGAUGAUGUGUCAUGUGAUUUUCAAAUCGAUUCUGGGACAUUACCAUGUGUGGCCUGUGGUAUUCUUGGGUUUCCAUUUAUGUCUCUUGUACAGCCAUCUGAGAAAGCGUCACUGGAUCUUUUGCCUGUAGAUCAUCAAAUGAUUCAAAAUCUUGGUGGUUUUAAGGCUGCGGAGUCUCUUUCAUCUUUAGACCUCGAUGGCAUGGUAGAAGGUUCUGUUCCAGAGGGACUUGAUUGCCAAGAUAAAUCUCAUAAGGAAAAAAUUUCUUCAGCAUGCAACGGGCUUAUUACAGCAAGUGGAACCCCAAAGUCUGGGAGCGAGUUUAAGUUGACAAAAGAUGGUGAAAAAUCCUCAACAGAUGCUUACAGUUUCUCGAUGGAUGCAACUGGCAAGAUGAAACCAAAUAACAGCAAUUUCUUGCAACAUCCAAAUGGAGCGUCUUCAAGUGUCAAAGAUAAAUCUCCAGUGUCUGAUCAUUCUCCAUCUUUAAAAGAUCUAACAGUUACUUCAGAAGGAAAGUUCGAAAAGGGUUGGAACACGUCUAGUGGAUUUUUAAGACCUCGAAUAUUCUGCCUGGAGCACGCAAUUCAAAUUGAAGAGCUCUUGCAUUCCAAAGGUGGAGCAAAUGUGCUUGUAAUUUGCCAUUCAGACUUCCAAAAAAUAAAGGCACAUGCUGCUGCUAUCGCAGAGGAGAUUGGUAGCCCUUUCAAUUAUAAUGAGAUUUCAUUGGAUAAUGCAUCCCAUGAGGAUCUGAACUUGAUCAAUCUUGCAAUUGACGAUGAAGAUCAGGAUGAAUGUGGAGAAGACUGGACGUCAAGACUGGGUGUUAACUUACAGCACUGUGUGAAGGUUAGGAAAAAUAUUCCGUCUAAGAAAGUGCAGCAUGCAUUGUCAUUGAAUGGGUUAUUCUCUGAUUCAAGUCACACAACUCCGAGUCCAAGUGCCCUAAGUUUCAAGUGGCAAUCCAGAAAAUCUCGCUCAAAACAAACUUCAAAUCGUCCAACCCACAGCUUACCAUCUAAGGCCAUUCAAAUCAAGAAAAAUGAAGAUUUAGGAGCGAAGUCAGAUGGCCAAAUGGUUAGAAAAGAAGGCAAAAUUAUUCAGUACAGAAGAAGAAACAAGUCCAAGUCUUGUGGUUCUGCAGGAGAAAGUGAGGCCUCUGUAGAGCUUAGAUAUCUGCCGGUUGAAGUUUCAGCUGCUGAGUAUGAAAAUCCGGAUAAAAAUUGCAGAAAGACAUCUAAAACCAAUCUUGGUAAAGUUGAAGAUACAGGAAACAGUUCUUCAGGACUGGUGGUGUCAGCCCUCAGUGGAAAAUCUGAAUUGCAGAAUGACGGUAAGGAGCUUGUAACAACUGGCGCUCUUAAUUGGAAUUCUGUUCCAGCACAAGUUACACAUUCACUUGUUGCUACCAGUCCUGUUGUUGAAAACAUUGCCGCGCAGAACAGUAAAGUUGAAGAUACAGGUAAUAGGUCUUCAGGGCUGGUGGAGUCAGCCCUCAGUGGAAAAUUUGAAUUGCAGCAUGACAGUCAGGAGCUUGUAACAACUGGGGAUCUUAGCGGGAAUUCUGUUCCAUCACAAGUUACAGAAUCAUUUGUUACUGCCAUUCCGAUUAUUGAAAGCGUUGUGACACAGAUUAUGUUGAAGGAAAUGACCCUGAAAGACAAUGCUUGUGAUUCUACAUGGGAUGAUUUCCAGGUGAUCAAAGUUGUCGAGGGAAGCAGCGAGAAAAAUGAGAGGUGCUAUUCUGAAAAAUCAGCUGGUUCAUCUGCAGCUGAUCUUCAAAGUACUAAAACUGAAAUUGUGACAGAUGAUCAAAUUACGGAGGACAUCAUCAUGACAAAUGAAGCUUGUGGACCAGAGACUGCAGAUGAUUAUGGGGGGAAAUGUGAGGUCCAGGCUGAUGGAGAUAUUUUAAUGAAAGAGGUCUCUGAUUUUGCGACCUCCCUAGGGUCGUGUGCUGAUGGUCCUUCUGUUGGGAGUUCUGAUGAGCUGUUGGAGAAACCAGUUCAGGAGAAGAUUUGCAUGAACGAUGAGGUACAUGACUGUGCGACUCUCAAUAUUAAUAUGCAUCUAGAACUUCGGACUAGAAACAGUUAUGGAGAUGUUUUAAUGGAAGAGGUCCCUUGUCCUGCUAAUCCCUCAUCGUCAUGUGCUGAUGACCCUCCUGUGGGAAAUUUUGCUGAACAGUUGGAGAAAGCAGUUGCGGAGAAAUUCUGCAUGAACAAUGAGGUACACGAUUGUGUGACUUUGGAUAGUAAUUUUCUGCAAGACAAUCUGAUUGCAAAUGAAACCAAUGACAACAACCCCGUUCGUGGUAAUGUUACACUGAUAGAUGAGUCGUCUCCUGUGUUGGUGGAAGGAUGUCUUAAAGUUCCCGGAGAGACACAGGUUGAUAAGGAAUUGCAGAGUGAUGGUGAGAACAGUUCUUUGCAGGACAAGGGAGAGUUGGAUAACACUAGCUCCAGCUUAGCACUCAAUAGGUCAACUGCGAAAAAGGGAAGUAAAAGAAAAAGAAAAGCUGAGCUGCAAACAAAAGAUGUUUUUGGUUUCAAUGACUUUAUUAGGAGUCCAUGUGAAAGGCUUCGGCCAAGGGCUGGGAAAGAUGCAAAUAGAAGUGGAAUUGACAGUAACAAAACCACUGAGGAGAGACCAGCUACGAGGAAGGUAAGGAAGUGUUCAGAUGGUUCAGUUCCCGACAAGGAUAAGAGAGAAAACAAGAGGGAGUCCCAAAAGUGUGAUCUAGAAGGCUGUCGAAUGAGGUUCCAGACUAAGGCAGAACUAGUAUUGCACAAACGAAACCAAUGCCCCCAUGAAGGAUGCAGGAAGAAAUUCAGCUCCCACAAAUAUGCAGUGCUUCACCAACGUGUUCAUGAUGAUGAUAGGCCACUCAAAUGUCCAUGGAAGGGUUGCACCAUGUCAUUUAAGUGGGCGUGGGCUAGGACUGAGCAUUUACGGGUGCACACGGGGGCACGGCCUUACGAGUGCAAGGUUGAGGGAUGUGGCCUUACUUUCAGGUUUGUAUCGGAUUUUAGUCGGCAUAGACGGAAAACUGGGCAUUAUGUCAACGUACCAGCCUGAAAAUUUGUUCUAAUCAGGUUAGUUCUGUAAUAUAUAGGCAUCAGGGCUUGAGAAUCAUCGGGUCAAAAGUGGCCUCAAGAAUCAUGUAAAGGCGUGUGUUGAUGAUUUGAGCAUAGGUUGGGUAGACUGAUCCUUUUGUAGGUAGGCAUUGUUCAACAAAAAGAUUUCUCUGGUAGUUGAAUUUCCAUUUUUUUUUUGUAGCAUUCAUUUUCAAUAUCACUUUACUGCGUG